GGCCCGGGGGCCUGACGCCGCGGCCGCUAUAAGAGUCCGCUCGGGGACCGUUGCGCCAGACGUUCUUCGCCGAGAGUCGCCGCGGUUUCCUGCUUCAACAGUGCUUGGACGGAACCCGGCGCUCGACCCCCAUCCCGGCCGGCCGCUCACAGCCAGCCUUCCGACACCUCCUCACCGCGCCCUCGGACCGUCCCAAGGCCCCCGCCGCCGCUCCAGCGCCGCGCAGCCGCUGCCUCUCCUCAGCCGCCGCCAUGACGACCGCAUCCCCUUCGCAGGUGCGCCAGAACUACCACCAGGACUCGGAGGCCGCCAUCAACCGCCAGAUCAACCUGGAGCUCUACGCCUCCUACGUCUACCUGUCCAUGUCUUACUACUUUGACCGCGAUGAUGUGGCUUUGAAGAAUUUUGCCAAAUACUUUCUUCACCAAUCUCACGAGGAGAGGGAACAUGCUGAGAAACUGAUGAAGCUGCAGAAUCAACGAGGUGGCCGAAUCUUCCUUCAGGAUAUCAAAAAACCAGACUGUGAUGACUGGGAGAGCGGGCUGAAUGCGAUGGAGUGUGCGUUACACUUGGAAAAAAGUGUGAAUCAGUCACUACUGGAACUGCACAAACUGGCCACUGACAAAAAUGACCCCCACUUGUGUGACUUCAUUGAGACACAUUACCUGAAUGAACAGGUGAAAUCCAUUAAAGAACUGGGUGACCACGUAACCAACCUGCGCAAGAUGGGAGCCCCUGAAUCUGGCAUGGCAGAGUAUCUCUUUGACAAGCACACCCUGGGAGACAGUGAUAAUGAGAACUAAGCCUUAGGCUAACUUCCCCAUAGUCACGGGGUGACUUCUGUGAUCACCAAGGCAGUGCAUGCAUGUCAGGGUUUCCUUUACCUUUUCUAUAAGUUGUACCAAAACAUCCACUUAAGUUCUUUUAUUUGUACCAUUCCUUCAAAUAAAGAAAUUUGGUACCCA